CCGCCGUCAGUCCUGUCCGGCCUCGACCACCGGCGGGGGUCCCGGUAGGAGCGGAGGGUCAGGGGAGCAGAGCGGUGCGGCCGGCUGGUCGGUCGGGGACGGCACCGCGAUGCGUCUCUUGCGGUGCCUCUGGAAGGGCCAGUCGGCGCUGGCCGGGGCGCCCAAGUACAUUGAGCACUUCAGCAAGUUCUCGCCGUCGCCGCUCUCCAUGAAGCAGUUCCUCGACUUCGGAUCCAGCAAUGCAUGCGAGAAAACCUCCUUCACGUUCCUGCGCCAAGAGCUCCCUGUCCGGCUGGCCAACAUCAUGAAGGAAAUCAAUCUCCUCCCGGACCGUGUGCUGAGCACCCCCUCCGUUCAGCUGGUGCAGAGCUGGUACGUGCAGAGCUUACUGGACAUCAUGGUGUUCCUGGAUAAGGACCCUGAGGACCAAGGGACCCUGGGACAGUUCACGAACGCCCUGGUCACCAUCCGGAACCGCCACAAUGACGUCGUCCCCACCAUGGCACAAGGUGUGAUCGAGUACAAGGAGGCUUAUGGGGACGACCCAGUCUCUAACCAGAACAUCCAGUACUUCCUGGACCGCUUCUACCUUAGCCGAAUCUCCAUCCGCAUGCUGAUCAAUCAACACACCCUGAUUUUUGACGGCAGCACCAACCCGGCCCAUCCCAAGCACAUCGGCAGCAUCGAUCCCCACUGCAACGUCUCGGAGGUGGUCAGAGACGCUUACGACAUGGCCAAGCUCCUGUGUGACAAGUACUACUUGGCAUCUCCUGAGCUGGAGAUCCAGGAAAUGAAUGAAACAAGAACAGGACCUCAGUCUUGGCCCACAAAUCAUCCCGACCAGCCCAUCCACAUGGUCUAUGUCCCCUCUCACUUGUACCACAUGCUCUUUGAGCUGUUCAAGAAUGCCAUGAGGGCCACUGUCGAAAGCCACGAAUCCAGCCCCUCGUUGCCAGCCAUCAAGGUGAUGGUGUCUCUGGGGCACGAAGAUCUUUCUAUCCGGAUGAGCGACCGAGGUGGCGGGGUGCCUCUGCGCAAGAUCGAACGUCUCUUCAGCUACAUGUAUUCCACAGCGCCCAAGCCGGAACUGGGUACUGGUGGGACGCCCCUGGCUGGCUUCGGCUACGGGCUCCCUAUUUCCAGACUCUACGCCAAGUAUUUCCAAGGUGAUCUCCAGCUCUUCUCCAUGGAAGGCUUCGGGACGGAUGCAGUCAUCUAUCUGAAGGCCUUGUCAACGGACUCAGUGGAGCGGCUUCCCGUGUACAACAAGUCGGCAUGGCGCCACUACCAGACCAGCCAGGAAGCCGACGACUGGUGUGUGCCCAGCACAGAACCGAAAAACACUUCCACCUACCGGGUGACCUAAGACUCGCCUUUGUUUCUCAAUGAAGAGGGCCUCUCCCUUGCCUCAAAGGUGGAGAAGCCAGACUUUAAUGUUUGGAGAGAGAGGGAAAGGACUGCGAUCAUCACCAGCGCAAACCCACCUUCAUGUUAUGAGACCUCAACGGACACUCUCUCCGUUGGCCAGGUCGGGCAACAAGCUGGCCAGACAGGAGCCCGACUGCUUUCUUUGGUUGGGGAAGUACGUAGUGUAGAUCCUUCUCUGUAUCACCGGAGAGCCCUGCAUGGAGCCUCCUCGCUGCUGACCCUCCCAUCCCUACCUGUACCAUCCUGUCUUUCUGUCUUGUGGAUUGGAAUUGGCCUUCCAUGAUCCUUUUUCCUUUAAAAAAAUCCUAUAUGAUGUUUGGUCACGCUGCCGUCAUUAUUAUAGAGGCUGGGCAUUAACGUUUUGAAAGGAGGCUCAGGGAUCUACAGAAGAAAAUGGAAACAAGUGCCAGCUGAUGUGGUACGCUUCCUGACAGGGAAGGAAAAACUCCUCUCUGAGGAAAGCGGGUGAUAUUGGCAGAGUCCAGAUAUCGUUGUUGCAAAGCGUAGGUGUGUCAGAAUUCUUGGGCUCUUCUGUACUCUCAUUUUUAUUGUGUGUCUCCAGUGCUUGGGGGGGGGGUUCUUUUCCACAUGUGUUUUGCUCCUUCUUGUAGUCAAUUCAAUAUUACAUCUCUGUAUCUCUGGCCCUUAAAGCGGCAAAGAAAUAGACUAGAGGUACAGCAGUGUAAUAUUGAAUCGACCACUAGAGGCAGCAAAACACAUGCAGCAAAGGGAAACCCCCCCAAAGCUAUAGGGACACACAAGCAACGAAAAUGAGUGCGGAAGAGCCUCUUCUUAAGCAUCAGAAGGAGAAAGCGCACACGAAAGUUCUUGAGUUACAUUCUUUUCCCAACAAGUGUAUAAUCUAAGAUGCUGGAAAAAGAUUCAUGAGAAUCGAUCAUAUUCAGGGCAGGGGGAGUCUGACUGCGUUUCAGAUGUUCUGUUGGGGACUUGGAGGCUUGCAGAGUUCAGUCACUCGUGUACCAAAAGAGUUCUCUCCCAUUUUUAUUUUCCUGACCUUUGGUGGUUUUCCUGCUUAUUACACUGAUUUGUCAUGGGCAGAAAUGGGGCUCUUGACUGACGGUCAGUCCCCAGUGAGGCUUGUGGCAGCGUUUAAAUCUGCAGCUUGUGACCAGAGAGUUGCGUGUAUGCUCUCUGAGCAUACUGUUGUCUCCCCAAGCAAGCUGGUUGUUUAGAUUGGCCGCCCCUCCAGUGGCGAGCACCUCCACGCCAAGUGCAAGUCAUUGGGCGGUGGGUAUGUGGAGAAGAAGAGGCUGCUGGACAGAGAUUGAGCCUGGUCCCUUGAGGUGCGGGUGAGAUGAAGCAUUUAGGGUUUCCUUCCGUGGCUGUCAACAGGGGCAGGGAUUCAAGAUGAGGCAGGGUCUCUUUGCUAAGUGAGCCACCUCCAGAAUGUGGGCAGAACUGGCUGAAGGAGCUGUUGCGCCCCCCCCUCCCCCGAGGGCUUUUUGGAUGACAUUGCAGGGAGAACGAACGUGUGGUGGGGGGGGAGAGUCAAGACUGCAGUGGCAAGACCCAGUCACCGUGUGUCGAUUGAGAGAGAGGCGUCGGGUGCAAGCAGUGCUCCUGUACGAAAGCCUAGGAAAAGGAGGGUUCCUGAUCAUGGGGAGAGAGGGCCCUCAUACAUGUGUAGGACCUGGGCCCUCUUUCCAGUGGAUGCACUGAAGUCAGUGGAGUGGAAUUCGCCUCUUCCACAGCCCACAUGUUAAUUUCCCCCAGAACCUUAUCCGGGAAAGUCUCCGGUGUCCUGUGUGUGAAGCAUUGAGACCGCAGCUGCUUCUCCGCCUCUCCGUGUGGACCUUUCCUCUCCAGCGGCUCAUGCCAGGAUCUUUUCUCUUUCUUUUUUAAUCCUUGUCAAGCGGAAACGGAAGGGCAGGUGGGCAAAGUGUGUGCUUGGAUAGGGAAGCAAGUACAGGUGUGACUUCCACUCGGGGGGCCGACUGGUUUUCAGAGUCUCCCCGUGCCCAACACAGAGACAGCCUGUCCGUCUGUGCAGGAGCCUUCUCCGCCCCGCCCCCAUCCGUCCCUCUCGUCCCUCGUGUUCUGCACCUGCCUCCCCAAGCGGCUAAGAGCCGUCCUCUCUUUCUUCCCUCGUCCCCAUUGCAUGGCAUGCUUCUGAACGGUCUAGAGAUCGUCAGUGUAUAUAUCAUAUAUAUAAAUAUCUAUAUUUUUAUUAUCUGGGUCAAACCACAGAAGUGUCCAAAAACACACACAUGCAAGCUGCCACAGUAUUCUUUUAGCUCCUUUGAUCAGUUAAAGGGCACGGGGGGGGGGAACGGGACAUGAAA